AAUCCAAUUGGGCAGUUGAACUGGUACCAGAGAAAUUCAAUGCCCUCAGAUCCUCAUUCAGAGACCAAUUAUCGCUUCUACUGCUAUAUAUUCAGGCCUAUGCUGAGAAGUAAGUCCAGAAACCUUCUCUUCUAACUAAGAAUUUUGGUUUCCUUUUAGGAUAUAGUAUAAGUAGCAUACAGCAAUGGCUUGCAAAGGGCAGCUUCAUGUGGAUAUUGAGCUCAAGUCUCCUGCAGAAAAGGUGUGGGGAACCAUUAGGGACUCUACCAAAAUUUUUCCUGAAGCCUUGUCCCAUGAUUACAGGAGCAUUGAAGUGCUGGAAGGCGAUGGCAAGGCCCCUGGAUCUAUCCGCCUCAUUAAUUACGCUGAAGGGUCUCCAAUCGUUAAGGUAUCAAAGGAGAAAAUUGAAUCAGUGGAUGAAGCUGGGAAGAUAUAUGUUUACAGCGUCAUUGAUGGAGAUCUCCUGAAAUACUACAAGACUUUCAUCGCUAAGAUCAUUGUCAUUCCCGAGGGCGAGUCAAGCUUGGUUAAAUGGUCCUGUGAAUUUGAGAAGGCGAGUGAAGAGAUCCCUGAUCCAAGCGUCAUUAAGGAAUUUGCAACGAAGAACUUUGUGGAGAUCGAUGACUAUCUUCACACCAAGGCAUAGACGCCAGACCAGGCCACCUAUACCCCUUUUAAUGGCGGUGUCUUAUUAUUAGUAAAUAAUAAGCAGGCGGAUUCCUACUUGAGAAUAGUUGUCCAAGUUUGCCUCCAUGACUAGUGACCUCUUGCUAUAGCAAGAAGAGACAAGGAAGAGCUUUGAUCAGUUUGUUGCCUCGUAUUUCAAGAUUAAUGUACUUAGUUUUCUUAAUUGUCCCUAUCUUGUCUGUUAUCCGAGGAGUUUCGUUGCUACUGUAUGAUAUAAUAAAUAAUUUUUAAUUUGAAUGAUUAAAAUUUAAU